AUCUUCUAAUUGAUACACAUUGUGUUGGCUUCAUCUCCUUCUUUGUGGGGAAGAAGUCAGUUCUCCCUCAGGUUUCCCUCUGUCACAGUUUUCAUCGUCCCUGCAUUCAGAUUGUGAAGAUGGAAGGGGUCCAACCCCUGGACGAGAAUGUGGGAAAUGCACCAGGACGGAGAUUCUUGAGGAACAAGCUAUUGCUGGUGGCCUCCAUAAUUCAGGGGCUGGGGCUUCUCCUGUGUCUCACCUACAUCUGUCUGCACUUCUAUGCUCAGGUGCCAUCUCAGUACCCUCCAAUCCAGAGUAUCAGAGUACGGUUUACCAAGUGUGAAAAUGAGAAUGGUUUCAUCAUCACAUCUCCAGACACGGAUGGAACCAUGAAGGUGCAAAACAACUCAAUCAUCAUCACCUGUGAUGGGUUUUAUCUCAUCUCUCUGAAGGGCUACUUCUCCCAGAAUCUCAGCCUCAGGCUUCUGUACCGAAAGGGUCGGGAACCUCUUUUCUCCCUGAACAUGGUCAAGUUUGUUGACUCUGUCACAGUGGCCUAUCUGCGUUUCAAGGACAAAGUCUACCUGAAUGUGACCACUCAGAAUGCCUCCUGCGAAGACAUCCAGGUGAAUGGUGGGGAGUUGAUUCUCAUUCAUCAAAAUCCUGGUGGAUUCUGUGUCUACUGAGGACCUGAUGGUUGCACCCAAGCCAGGAACCAGCAUGAAUGCCACACUGGGGGUGGACAGGACUCUGAUUCUUCCUUGGGAGUGGAGGCGUUGUCCCAGCUCAGCCCUCAUAUUUGGCCAUGUGAGAUGUGACCAGAAGCAGAUCACUCCCACCCCCACUCAGGGAUAUUUAAAACUUGUUUUUACAUACCAGUUAACUUUAUGUAUUUAUCCUAUGUCUUCUAAAUCACCUAGCCCUCCUCAUCCCUCAAGAUUUCCUCAAGCCUGUUAGGCACCUCCACCAGAGUAAGAAAAAAGGUGCCUCUUCCUCAAGAUGUUGUUCCUGUUGGUCAGGAAAUUAUUGUAAUAAACUUUCAUUAUUGAAAAAGACACUUGACUACCAUUUGUCAUCUGACACUGUCAAAAUGAAGAAGACCAAGGAGAGGGGUUUUGAAUCUGCAAAGCCAGUGGACUGACUCCUCGUGAGCAGAGGUGCCUCUCCAAGGUGAAAUUUGUUGUAGUCUGCAUAGAAGCCCGAUCUCUCCCUCAUGUGGAGGAAUUCAAAAGGAAAAGCACCUUAUGAACAGCUGUCAGGACUUGAUGAGGGUAGCUGGCUAAGGAAUACUCCGCUCUGGGCUUUUUUUUCCCCCCUCGUUUUCUCCAUUUUUCUUUCCCAGCCUCCAAAUGUUCUUGAUAGAUAUUUCCUUUCAAAGAACCAUCUCGGGGGUGUGAUGCUUGAAAAACCUAAUCAGUGACUUAAGGAAAGCUGAUGGGACUUUUCUGAGCUGGGAGAGUGAGAUAAUUUAUUGUGAGGGUUAUCUUUAUCACACAGGAGUGCAGUGAAACUGGACCUCUCAGGAUAAAAGUCAGUGGAAAUUUUAAUAGUCUGGGGAGGAAAUCACAUUUGCCACAGAGAGGCAGUGUAACACAUGCCUAAUGCUGAGAUACAUACUCAGCCCCACAUCUUGUGCUCAGGUACCACCUUGCUGGUUUCAAAAAAAUGUUUUAGGUGAAUUGUGCCCCCAUCCUCGGGCUGCACUGCAUGUCUUACAGGAUCUUAGUUCCCCAACCAGGGACUGAACCCAGACCCACGGCAGUGAAAGUGCCAAGUCCUAACCAUUGGACUGCCAGGGAAGUCCCCAACAUGAAUUGUUCUGAGCAAGAUAUUCUAUGAUAUGUGUCUUGACUACUUAGAGGAUUUAAAUGUGUGUGUGUGUAUGUGUGUGUGUGUGUGUGUGUGUGUGUGUGUGUACUUGUUUGUUAUUGACUGUGUUUUGCAAAGUCAAAGUUAUUCAGAGUGGUUGCUAAUAAGUACAUGUUUAUCACUGCAGAUAAUAUUUAAGAAAAUACAUGUUUUUUAAGUUUGGAAUUUCUGACUGUAUUUCUUCUGGACAUAUGCAUUCCAGGCCAAAGCUUAAUUGUUUUGUGAGUUGGUUGUCUUUUGCGUUAUGGCCUCUCCUCACAGGUGCCCCCUCCUUUUAGGUACACGUGGCCUGCUUCUCCCAUGCUGGCCUCCUUCAGCGACACAGGGAUACUUCUGCCAGCUUCCACCCAUCAAAGUACAUGUGUCCCAUUUAAAUCAUUCAAUCAAAGGGAUAAUUAACCUUACUCUGAAAACAGUGGAGUUUUGUGUAAAUGAAAAGUCAGGAGAUUGGAAUUCUAAUUUUGACUUUGUCACUAACUGGCCACAGGACCCUGGACAACUAAUUUCCUACCUUGGGAUCCUGCUUUUUUCUCUUGUUGAAUGAUCAUUUUAGAAUCUUAUGCUCAUAAAGCUAAAUGUGAAUGUACAUAGUAAAUACCUAUGUACUGGUUGCUGUGAGUCAAGAUAUAUAAUCUUCUCUUUUAAUGUGUGGAGUAAUUUUUUUUUUUUUUUGUGGACCACCUAGUAUUUUCCCUCAGCGUUGUUGGUGAUUUCUGUGAGCAUGUGUCCGUGCUGUCAUGUCUGACUGUUUGCAACCCCAUGGGCUGUAGCCCGCCAGGCUCUUCUGUCCAUGUAAUAUUCAAGGCAAGAAUACUGAAAUGGGUUGCCAUUUCGUUCUCCAGGGAAUCUUCCCAGCCCAGGAUCGAACAGAUGUCUCCUGUGUCUCCUGCAUUGCAGGCGGAUCGGGGAGGCCCCGAUUCCUUUGAGAAUAGUUGCCAGUUGUUACUUAGUGACUUUUUGUUUAGGGAAUGACUGAAAGGAUUCCAGUCUUGAUUCAAAUCGUAAUUUUUCUUAAGCAUAUCGGGCAGGUCCCCUAUUUUAAAUCGUAAUUUUGUAUUUAGUGCUCUCCUGGCUCUCGGAGAGUGUUAAUAUUAAUAUUAAUAAUAUAGCUAAUAAUAAUAUUGAUAUUUACAUGGAAACAAAUAAAAGAUCUUA